AUGUAUGAAACAACGUAAGAAGAAAAAAUAUAAAAUAUGUCACAAUACUCGAAUUUUCGGCUUAGGAAUACGAAAAGUAGAAUGUCCUGGGAUACCACGGCGUUGGUAUAAUUUUACAUCACGUUAUACGAUGAAGAAGUGGAGUCCUAAUAACUUAUUGAAAAUGUACAAAUUAACAGACGACGAGCUCAAUAAAUCAAAGAAGAAAAAAUCUAAGAACACCAGCAAUAAUGGUGAUGUGGUGGCGCCUGGUCCAAAUGGUGUUUACAGGCAGAAAUCAUUUGGAGCAUACGAUCGUCGAUUAAAUGCGAUAUCUUCGUAUAUGAAAUCUGCAUGCUCAAUAAACCCGAGUUCUCGUAGUACGGGAAAAAGUUGGUUUACACGCAAAAUGGCGGUCAUCUCAAUUGGGUGUGACCCGUGGCCCAGCGGCGAAGAUAAUUAUGAGCUUCUGGAUGUCAUUGGUAUUGGUGCAACAGCUGUUGUACACGGAGCCAUAUGUAAACCAAAGAAUGAAAAAUGUGCCAUCAAAAGGAUAAAUUUGGAGAAAUGGAACACAUCCAUGGAGGAACUCUUGAAAGAGAUACAUGCAAUGUCAAACUGCAACCAUGAGAAUGUUGUAACAUAUUACACAAGCUUUGUUGUCAACGAUGAGCUUUGGCUUGUUAUGAAGCUUCUGGAAGGUGGCAGUCUUUUGGAUGUAAUUAAACACAAGAUGAGGGUGUCAAAUUGUAAACAUGGUGUGUUUGAUGAAGCAACUAUUGCUAGCGUCCUUAAAGAAGUUUUGAAAGGGCUUGAGUACUUUCAUAAUAAUGGACAGAUCCACAGGGACAUAAAGGCGGGUAACAUCUUGCUGGGUGAAGAUGGGACAGUGCAGAUAGCUGAUUUUGGUGUAUCCGCUUGGCUUGCAACUGACAAAGAUAUGUCCAGGCAAAAAGUAAGGCAUACUUUUGUUGGGACCCCAUGCUGGAUGGCGCCUGAAGUCAUGGAACAAGAUCAUGGCUAUGACUUCAAAGCUGAUAUUUGGUCAUUUGGUAUAACCGCUAUAGAGAUGGCAACAGGUGCAGCACCAUAUCAUAAGUAUCCUCCGAUGAAAGUUCUUAUGCUGACCUUGCAGAAUGAUCCACCUAAUUUAGACACAGGUGCCGAAAAAGAUCAAUACAAGAUCUAUGGCAAAACUUUCCGCAAGCUCAUAUGUGACUGCUUGCAAAAAGAUCCAACAAAGAGACCGACUGCAACAGAGUUGUUGAAGCAUCCAUUCUUCAAGAAAGCCAAAGAUAAAAAGUAUCUUGCUCAGACCCUUAUUGCUACUAGUGCUACUCUCGAAGCUAGAGUACAUAAGGUAAAUAAGAAGGAGAUGACAAAUGGUUGUUUGAAUCGUACUCUCACUGGUGACUGGGAGUGGAGUGAUGAUGAAGUGGAGCAAGCUGAAGAAGCGUACAUGGAGAAACCGAUGAAUCAACUCCAAAGAGCUGACUCCAGCGGUAGUGAUGAAGAAGUGGCUGUGAGUAUUAAAUCAACGCAUUCACGGGAACAGCCCGUUGUUAACAUCAUGUUGCGCAUACGAAAUGGCCAUGGUGAACUAAAUGAUAUUCGCUUUCAUUUCAUUAAAGGCAAGGACACAUCUGAAGGUAUUGCCUUAGAGUUGGUGGGGGCUGGUCUCAUAGAGCCACAAGACGCUACCCUGAUCACCUUGCACUUGGAGCAGCUGAUCAACGCUCAAUCAUCCAACGCACAGAUACCAUACAAAACUAUAACAUUCCAUCUGAAUUCCACCGCUCCGAAUGCUGAUUUCGAUGAUAAUGCUCUUAACGGCUUUGCCCAAAUAUCCGUUCUCUAAGUAUAGUGCAAUACAAACUUUAUGUUGGCCGUACAAUAUUCUGUGUAAAAAACGAUUCGCCAUAAAGUGAAACUUUU